CAGAUGGGCUAAGGGAGCACCAACGUGUUCACAUUGGAGAGAAACCUUACAGCUGUCAGCACUGUGACAAAUCCUUCAAAGGAUCUGCAACUUUAAAGAUUCAUCAGAGAGUUCACACUGGAAACAUGCACAGCUGUGACCAGUGUGAGAAAACCUUCACUACAAAAGGUGCCCUGGCUAAGCACAGAUUCAUUCACAGUGGAGAGAAACCGUACAGCUGUGACCAGUGUGGGAAAGCUUUCACUGCAGCAGAUCAGCUAAAGGAGCACUACCGUGUUCACACUGGAGAGAAACCUUACAGCUGUGACCAGUGUGGGAAAGCCUUCACUACAAAAGGUGCCCUGGCUAAGCACAGAUUCGUUCACACUGGACAGAAACCGUAUAGCUGUGACCAGUGUGGUAAAGCUUUCGCUAAAUCAUAUCAGUUAAAGGUGCACCAACGUGUUCACACUAGAGUGAAGCCGUACUGGUGUGACCAGUGUGGGAAAGCUUUCUCUGACUCAAGUUACCUAAAGGUGCACGAACGUGUUCACUCUGGAGAGAAGCCGUACGGCUGUGACCAGUGUGGGAAAACUUUUACUCGAUCACAUGACCUAAAAAUCCACCAACGUGUUCACACUGGAGAGAAGCCGUACGGCUGUGACCAGUGUGGGAAAACUUUUACUCGAUCACAUGACCUAAAAAUCCACCAACGUGUUCACACUGGAGAGAAGCCGUACGGCUGUGACCAGUGUGGGAAAACUUUUACUCGAUCACAUGACCUAAAAAUCCACCAACGUGUUCACACUGGAGAGAAGCCGUACGGCUGUGACCAGUGUGGGAAAACUUUUACUCGAUCACAUGACCUAAAAAUCCACCAACGUGUUCACACUGGAGAGAAGCCGUACGGCUGUGACCAGUGUGGGAAAACUUUUACUCGAUCACAUGACCUAAAAAUCCACCAACGUGUUCACACUGGAGAGAAGCCGUACGGCUGUGACCAGUGUGGGAAAACUUUUACUCGAUCACAUGACCUAAAAAUCCACCAACGUGUUCACACUGGAGAGAAGCCGUACGGCUGUGACCAGUGUGGGAAAACUUUUACUCGAUCACAUGACCUAAAAAUCCACCAACGUGUUCACACUGGAGAGAAGCCGUACGGCUGUGACCAGUGUGGGAAAACUUUUACUCGAUCACAUGACCUAAAAAUCCACCAACGUGUUCACACUGGAGAGAAGCCGUACGGCUGUGACCAGUGUGGGAAAACUUUUACUCGAUCACAUGACCUAAAAAUCCACCAACGUGUUCACACUGGAGAGAAGCCGUACGGCUGUGACCAGUGUGGGAAAACUUUUACUCGAUCACAUGACCUAAAAAUCCACCAACGUGUUCACACUGGAGAGAAGCCGUACGAUUGUGACCAGUGUGGGAAAGCCUUCACUGCAAAACGUGCCCUGGUUAAACACAGACGCAUUCAUACUGGUGAGAAACCUUACAGCUGUGACCAGUGUGGGAAAGCUUUCAUUGCAUCAGAUCGGCUAAAGGUGCACCAACGAGUUCACACUGGUGAAGAAACAUACAGCUGUGACCAGUGUGGGAAAGCUUUCGCCACAUUAGGUUGUCUAAAGGGGCAUCAACGCGUUCACACAGGAGAGAAGCCGUACAGAUGUGACCAGUGUGGGAAAGCUUUUGCUUCAUCAAGUUAUUUUAAGUUGCAUCAACGCGUUCACACACGAGAGAAGCCGUACAGCUGUGACCAGUGUGGGAAAUCUUUUGCUUCAGUAGGUUAUCUAAAUGUCCACAGACGCUUUCACACUGGACAGAAACCAUACUGGUGUGAAAAGUGUGGGAAAACUUUUACUACAUCAGGUGGUCUAAAGUAUCAUGAACGCGCUCACACAGGAGAGAAGCCGUACGGCUGUGACCAGUGUGGGAAAGCGUUUGCUACAUCAGGUGGUCUAAAGUAUCAUGAACGUGCUCACACUAGAGAUGGACUCAAACAUCAUCGCUGUCAGCACUGUGACAAAUCCUUCACAACAUCUGGAUCUUUGAAGAUUCAUCAGAGAGUUCACACUGGAGAGAAACCGUACAGCUGUGACCAGUGUGGGAAAUCUUUCACUACAUCAGGUCACCUAAAAAUCCACCAACGUGUUCACACUGGAGAGAAACCGUACAGUUGUGACCAGUGUGGGAAAGCUUUCACUACAUCAUGUGACCUGAAAACACACCAACGUGUUCACACUGGAGAGAAACCGUACUGGUGUGAACUGUGUGGGAAAACUUUCGCUCUAUCUGGUGACCUAAAAAUCCACCAACGUGUUCACACUGGAGAGAAACCGUACAGUUGUGACCAGUGUGGAAAAGCUUUCACUACAUCAGGUAACCUAAAAAAACACCAACGUGUUCACACUGGAGAGAAACCGUACAGUUGUGACCAGUGUGGGAAAGCUUUCACUACAUCAUGUGACCUGAAAACACACCAACGUGUUCACACUGGAGAGAAACCGUACUGGUGUGAACUGUGUGGGAAAACUUUCGCUCUAUCUGGUGACCUAAAAAUCCACCAACGUGUUCACACUGGAGAGAAACCGUACAGUUGUGACCAGUGUGGAAAAGCUUUCACUACAUCAGGUAACCUAAAAAAACACCAACGUGUUCACACUGGAGAGAAACCGUACAGUUGUGACCAGUGUGGGAAAGCUUUCACUACAUCAUGUGACCUGAAAACACACCAACGUGUUCACACUGGAGAGAAACCGUACUGGUGUGAACUGUGUGGGAAAACUUUCGCUCUAUCUGGUGACCUAAAAAUCCACCAACGUGUUCACACUGGAGAGAAACCGUACAGUUGUGACCAGUGUGGAAAAGCUUUCACUACAUCAGGUAACCUAAAAAAACACCAACGUGUUCACACUGGAGAGAAACCGUACAGUUGUGACCAGUGUGGGAAAGCUUUCACUACAUCAUGUGACCUGAAAACACACCAACGUGUUCACACUGGAGAGAAACCGUACUGGUGUGAACAGUGUGGGAAAAUCUUUUCUCGAUCAGGUGCCCUACAAAACCACCAACGUGUUCACACUGGAGAGAAACCGUACUGGUGUGAACAGUGUGGGAAAAUCUUUUCUCGAUCAGGUGCCCUACAAAACCACCAACGUGUUCACACUGGAGAGAAACCGUACUGGUGUGAACAGUGUGGGAAAACUUUCACUACAUCAAGUCAUCUAAAAAUCCACCAACGUGUUCACACUGGAGAGAAACCGUACAGCUGUGACCAGUGUGGGAAAGCUUUCACUAUAUCAAGUGACCUGAAAACACACCAACGUGUUCACACUGGAGAGAAACCGUACAGCUGUGAACAAUGUGGAAACACUUUCGCUCAAUCAGGUACCCUAAAAAAGCACCAACGUAGAGUUCACACUGGAGAGAAACCGUACAGCUGUGACCAGUGUGGGAAAACUUUCACUACAUCAGGUCACAUAAAAAACCACCAACGUGUUCACACUGGAGAGAAACCGCACUGGUGUGAACAGUGUGGAAAAACUUUUGCUGAAUCACGUAACCUUCAAAGGCACAAACGUGUUCACACUGGAGAGAAACCGCACUGGUGUGAACAGUGUGGAAAAACUUUCAGCAGAUUUGAUAGGUUACAAAUCCACCAACGUGUUCACACUGGAGAGAAACCGCACUGGUGUGAACUGUGUGGAAAGACUUUUGCUCAAUCAGGUCACCUACAAAUCCACCAACGUGUUCACACUGGAGAGAAACCGUACUGGUGUGAACAGUGUGGAAAAACUUUUGCUCGAGCAGGUACCCUAAAAAUCCACCAACGUGUUCACACUGGAGAGAAACCGUACUGGUGUGAACAAUGUGGGAAAGUUUUCACUACAUCAGUUCACCUAAAACACCACCAACAUGUUCACACUGGAGAGAAACCGUACUGGUGUGAACAGUGUGGAAAAACUUUUGCUGAAUCAAGUAACCUUCAAAGGCACCAACGUGUUCACACUAGAGAGAAACCACACUGGUGUGAACAGUGUGGAAAGACUUUUGCUCAAUCAGGUCACCUACAAAUCCACCAACGUGUUCACACUGGAGAGAAACCGUACUGGUGUGAACAGUGUGGGAAAUCUUUCACCUAUCAAGGUGCCCUAAAGGUGCACAAACGUGUUCACACUGGAGAGAAACCGUACAGCUGUGGCAAAUGUGGCAAAUCCUUCACAACAUCUGGAUAUUUAAAGAUUCAUCAGAGACUUCACACUGGAGAGAAACUGUACAGCUGUGACCAGUGUGAGAAAGCUUUCACUACAUCUGGUCAACUUAAAGUCCACCUGCGUGUUCACACUGGAGAGAAACCGUACAGCUGUGACCAGUGUGAGAAAGCUUUCACUCAACCAGGUCAACUUAAAAUCCACCUACGUGUUCACACUGGAGAAAAAGCGCACAGCUGUGACCAGUGUGGAAAAGCGUUUAACCAGUUAGGUCAAUAUAAAAUCCACUUACGCUUUCACGCAGGAGAGAAACCGUACAGCUGUGACCAGUGUGGGAAAGCCUUCAGUACACUACACCACCUAAAAACACACCAGCGCGUUCACACUGGAGAGAAACCGUAUAGCUGUGACCAGUGUGGGAAAGCCUUCAGUACCCUACACCACCUAAAAACACACCAGCGCGUUCACACUGGAGAGAAACCAUAUAGCUGUGACAUAUGUGGAAAGGCCUUCUCUCAAUCAGAUCAAAUCAACAAACACAGACGUGUUCACACUGGAGAGAAACCCUACUGGUGUGAACAAUGUGGGAAAACUUUCAGUCGGUUUGAUAAGUUAGAAAAACACAGACGUCUUCACACUGGAGAAAAGCCGUAUUGGUGUGAACAAUGUGGGAAAACUUUCCGUGGGGCUGAUAAGUUAGAAGUCCACCGCCGUGUUCACACUGGAGAGAAACCGUACUGGUGUGAACAAUGUGGGAAAAGUUUUGCUCAAUCAGGUAACCUAAAAGCCCACCGACGUGUUCACACUGCAGAGAAACCGUACAGCUGUGACCAAUGUGGGAAAGCGUUUAAAGAGAGUCGUACACUUAGAAGCCACAAACUCAUUCACACCACAUCGUUGUGAUUUUUUAAAGUCAAGUUAGCCGUUUCCUCAUGCUUAUCCUCCCUGUGUCCCGUGCAAGAGAGUGAAAGACUAGAGUACCACUCAGCAUAGCUGCCACAGAGGUUGCGGUGUAGAUAUUAUCUAGAUAUUUUCUACGUUACAUUAGCAUGUAGCUGACGCAUUUAGCCAAAGCUUACAACUUACGCUUAUAACUGCUAUAUAUGUCAGAGGUUGCACGCUUCUGGAGCAACUAGGGGUGUAAUGCUAUGUUAAAUACAUCAUAUUUUAAUAUUGGACUACACAGAUAAAAUCAGAAGGAAGGAAACAGAUGUUUGUUGUUACUCCGGUUUCACACACAACGCAAAUUUUCAAUUUCCGUUGCACGAGUUUGA